UUCUAAAUAAUUUGAAUGUCUGCAGAAACUUCUCCAGCUAUUUUUACUUUCGUUAUGGCACACAAACCACUAACGAACUACAAGGCAUGUGUUGCAAUAGACAUCGGAACCACAGGGACAGGAUACGCAUACAAGAUUUUAGGCGAUUUAGGCUCAGACCAGAUGGAAGUAACUUUAAACAACAAAUGGACAGAGGAGUCACAGGGCCUUCUCGCCAUUAAAGCGCCUACUUGCCUACUGCUUGACCCAAAGAUGACCUUUAACGCCUUCGGCUACGAGGCAGAAAAUAAGUACUCAGAAUUAGCUGCAGAGGGAUUGCACAGGGACUGGUAUUAUUUUGAGAGGUUCAAAUUACAACUAUUUAAAAACAAGAUUACCCCAAGUCUGCAAAUUGAAGAUGCCAUUGGAAAGAAAGUUUCUGCACUUUUGGUUGUCACGGAGACCAUAAAAUACAUCAAAUCUCACGCGCAGCAGAAACUCAUUCUUUACGAGCCAAGUAUGAAAGAAAAAGAAGUCCAAUGGGUUCUUACUGUGCCCAGUAUCUGGGACACAGAGGCAAAAAACCUGAUGAAAUCGGCAGCUAAUAAGGCUGGAAUUCCCAACUCCAACCUGAUAAUCAUCAGUGAGGCUGAUGCCGCUUCCGUCUUCUGUAUCUUCGCUAAAGCUGACAAGGGACAUAAAGGCUUAGAUUCACAGCCAGUAGGGACCAAGUAUAUGGUCAUAGAUAUUGGAGGGGGAACAACAGACAUUACAGUUCACGAAAGAGUAUCAAAAAUAGAAAUAAAAGAAGCAUACCAGCCCUCGGGACUGUCUUAUGGAGGCAUGGCCAUAGACGAAGCGUUUGUCAAAUUCAUGACGGAAAUGUUGGGAGAUGACACUAUGGAUCGUUUCAGAGUGCAAGCAUGUGAUGAAUUUGUUAAAUGGAUGAAGCAAUUUGAGAGACUGAAGCAGAAUGUUCCUGUUGUAGAAAAAAAUAGAAAAGAGAAGUUUGUUAUCUAUAUUCCGGAACGAUUGAAUGAGAUUUAUAAGUCUUUGAAUGACAAAACAAUAUCGGAACUGACAAAAAGUGGAAAAUUCAAACACAAGGGCAAAAUUGAAAUGACAGCCGGUAAAAUGCAAUUUGAAAUGGAUAUAAUCCAAGAUGUUUUCAAAACUGUUACAGACAAAAUAGUUAAUCAUUUGGAUGCCUUAUUCAAAAUCAAAGAGCUGUCUUCAGUUGCGAUGUUGAUUUUUGUUGGCGGGACUGCGGAAUCGAAACUAGUUCAGCAGACGAUGUUCCAAAAAUAUCAAAGCUCCAAACGAUACGUACUGUAUCCGAAGGAACCCGGUACAGCUGUCCUUAAGGGGGCGGUGAUUCUUGGACACACGGUUAAUAUUAUGGACCAGAGGUUAAUACGCCAUUCUUACGGAUCAGGGAUCAAAGUUCCUUUUCAAAAGGGAGUCCACCCAGAGAAUCUGAAAAUAGAAAGUGCCGGUGGAACUUGGUGUCGUGGUGUGUUUAAACCCUUUUUACUGGCUGGAACAAAGUUGAAGGUUGGUACUUUGAUUCAGAAAGAAAUCGAGGCAAUUAAUUACGCAGAUUCUGUGUUUGCGGUUUAUAAGACAGACAAGAGAGGUGUUGAGUACAUCACGGACGAAGCAUGUCAAGAAGUUUGUAAGGUCUGGAUGAACAAUAUUCUUCCCGCCAAAUCGAAAAAACCGCAGAUCUACGUAGUCAAGUACACCUUGACGGAAACUGAACUGGUUAUCGAACUCACCCUCAAGGAAACGGGGAACAAACACGUAAUCACAAGCAAAAUUGAAUUUGAAGACAUAUUCUGAAAAAAGGAAGGAGAUGAAGAAUCAAUCAUAUGAAUACAGGAAUUCAUUGCAAUAGGUCAAUUACCCUCAACUAAUUUGAAGACAGAAAUAUACAAGAAUUUUAUUUACAUGACCAGCUACAGGAGUUAUACAGUAUCCCGUCAAAUCAAUGAAGACGUUUAAAAAUUAUCAGUGAUAUUCUGAAAGUGAUUCAAACCCAAUAAACUACCGUGCAAAAUGAAGUAUUGUGAUAAGAAAAUUCAAAAUCAAUUUUGCUUUAAUUAACUAUAUUGUAAUGCCCAUAUAUCAUGAGUUAAGUCCAAGUUUUGGGUAAUACUCUAGACACACUGCUGUGUUAUUAAGUGAAUUGAAUAAACGACGUUUUCAUUGCAAUUAGGUAAUUAAGUUUUGAUUAAAAUUGGCUUACUUUAAUACUUCAAAGGAUCAUCUUUUGUUUUGCGUCCUGUA